GCAGAGGGCGCGGCGGCGUCCCCGAGAGCGGCGCCGGGAGGGCCCGGGUCCCCGCGAGGCGCGCGCCGGACGUCGCCGGGGGGCGGGGUCAGGGGCGGGGCCUGGCCUCGUUGUGGAGCGGCUCCUAAUCCAUCAUGGCGGCCGCGGGGGUCGGUGUCCGUCCCUGAGCAGCGCUGGAGCCGGAGCCGGUUCCCGGGUCCUGCGGCUGAGGAGCCCCUCCACUGUCCACGGCCCCCACCUGCGGGGGGAGGCUGGGUCUCGCGGCGGAGUUCCGGGGAUGUGACUGCCUGGCGGCGGCGGCUGUAGCAACGUCCGGAGCCGGGGAAGAGGGUGUCUCGGGCAGAGACCCCUGGCCUCGGGGCAGCUGAGGCGGCCGGGCCUCCCCUCUCCGCCCGCCUCCCGCCUUCCCGGUCCGCGAGGGUCUUUCGUCCCGUACAGCCCUGCCCCGGCUCUGGGACACUGGGGGUGGUCUCUGUUUCCCCCAGACCUGGGACACCCCGUUUCCUGAGGCGUGGAGGAGCGACGCCCCCGAGUAAGCCGCCCGUGCCCCGCCCCGGCAGCCUCCCCCGUACCCCCGGUCCGCCCCUCGCUCCCUCUCCCGGCCUCCAGUUUGGCCACGGAGCCCCCCCAUUCAUAUUCCCUCUCUGCUGUCAAGUGGCCUCCCCUUCCCCCCAGGUUGCUCCCUAGAGCCUCCAAUGCCCUGACUUCUUCCAAUGUCACCUACGGUUCCCUUAGUCUCAGCCCAAACAAAAACUUUAAUGCAAAGGAAAAGUCUGGACUGGUUUCACAGGCCUUUUAAAAAGCGGACUUAAAAGUUGCUGGCAGUGCAUUCCUUCUCGUCAGAGUCGAGGGCAAGCUCUCGCUGAAGUCUGGGUGACCCGUGUCCUUUUCCGGAGCGCACGGUAGAGAAGCAGGAGCGGCAGCUAGUUGGGCAGGAAAUUUGUCGGAAGAUGAAGAAACUAAGAUAGGGGGUGGGUGACUUCCACAGGAAAAAAGUUCUGGAGAAGCAUCCAGAGACGAUCAACAUUUCCUUUAUGUUGUGGGAAUCGAAAUGACUUUAGUGUUACUGACCCUUUUACAGCAUCCCUGUGAAUGUUUGUUUUUUUUCUUGAAAAGACAGAAACUUACUCAGCCAAUAAAAGACACUCAAACUCAAGAAACUUUUGGGUAGCACUGCAAUUACAUUACUUCAAACUGAUAAACUGCAGAAGUAAUCGGAACUCCUGUUUACAUAUGUCAACCUAAAAACUCUGCUUCCCUUUUUUUUUUUUUUUUUUUUUUUACGGAAGAUGUCUUUUUGUGAUUGACCUCAAUUACUGACUUGUGGAGAUUCGGUGAAUGUGAAAUCCCAAAUAUAUACUGUUUCCUUCUAAGCCCACUGACCAUUCUGGAAGAUCUUGAACCCUCUUCUGGAAAGGGGUGCCUAUCAUUGCUUUAUGGGGCAGCAGCCUGGAAAAGUUCUUGGGGACCAGAGAAGGCCAAGUUUGCCUGCCCUGCACUUUAUCAAAGGAGCAGGGAAGAAGGAAUCAUCGAGGCAUGGGGGUCCACACUGCAAUGUUUUUGUGGAACAUGAAGCCCUUCAGAGGCCAGUAGCAUCUGACUUUGAGCCCCAAGGUCUCAGCGAAGCAGCUCGUUGGAACUCCAAGGAAAACCUUCUCGCUGGCCCCAGUGAAAAUGACCCCAACCUUUUCGUUGCACUGUAUGAUUUUGUGGCCAGUGGGGACAACACCCUAAGUAUAACUAAAGGUGAGAAGCUCCGGGUUUUAGGCUACAACCACAAUGGGGAAUGGUGUGAAGCCCAAACCAAAAAUGGCCAAGGGUGGGUCCCAAGCAACUACAUCACGCCAGUCAACAGUCUGGAGAAACAUUCCUGGUAUCACGGGCCCGUGUCCCGCAAUGCGGCCGAAUACCUGCUGAGCAGUGGGAUCAACGGCAGCUUCUUGGUCCGGGAGAGUGAGAGCAGUCCUGGCCAGAGGUCCAUCUCACUGAGAUACGAAGGGAGGGUGUACCACUACAGGAUCAAUACUGCUUCCGAUGGCAAGCUCUACGUCUCCUCAGAGAGCCGCUUCAACACGUUGGCUGAGUUGGUUCAUCAUCACUCGACUGUGGCGGACGGCCUCAUCACCACUCUCCAUUACCCGGCCCCCAAGCGCAAUAAGCCCACCGUCUACGGCGUGUCCCCCAACUACGACAAGUGGGAGAUGGAGCGCACGGACAUCACCAUGAAGCACAAGCUGGGCGGGGGCCAGUACGGGGAGGUGUACGAAGGCGUGUGGAAGAAAUACAGCCUGACGGUGGCCGUGAAGACCUUGAAGGAGGACACCAUGGAGGUGGAGGAGUUCUUGAAAGAAGCUGCAGUAAUGAAAGAGAUCAAGCACCCCAAUCUAGUACAGUUACUUGGGGUCUGCACCCGGGAGCCCCCGUUCUAUAUAAUCACUGAGUUCAUGACCUAUGGGAACCUGUUGGAUUACCUGAGAGAGUGUAACCGGCAGGAGGUGAACGCUGUGGUGCUGCUCUACAUGGCCACUCAGAUCUCGUCAGCCAUGGAGUACCUCGAGAAGAAGAACUUCAUCCACAGAGAUCUUGCUGCCCGAAACUGCCUGGUAGGGGAGAACCACUUGGUGAAGGUGGCUGAUUUCGGCCUGAGCAGGUUAAUGACAGGGGAUACCUACACAGCCCAUGCCGGGGCCAAGUUCCCGAUCAAGUGGACAGCGCCGGAAAGCCUGGCCUACAACAAGUUCUCCAUCAAGUCCGACGUCUGGGCUUUUGGAGUAUUGCUUUGGGAAAUUGCUACCUAUGGCAUGUCACCUUACCCAGGAAUUGACCUGUCCCAGGUGUAUGAGCUGCUAGAGAAGGACUACCGCAUGGAGCGCCCGGAAGGCUGCCCAGAGAAGGUCUACGAACUGAUGCGCGCAUGUUGGCAGUGGAAUCCCUCUGACCGGCCCUCCUUUGCUGAAAUCCACCAAGCCUUUGAGACGAUGUUCCAGGAAUCCAGCAUAUCAGAUGAAGUGGAAAAGGAACUGGGGAAAAAAGGUGUGCGAGGGGUUGCAAGUACUUUGCUGCAGGCCCCAGAGCUGCCCACCAAGACAAGAACCUCCAGGAAAGCUGCGGAGCACAAAGACCCCACUGAUGUGCCUGAGACGUCCCACUCCAAGGGCCCGGGAGAGACCGAUCCUCUGGACCACGAGCCUCCUGUGUCUCCACUGCUCCCUCGGAAAGAACGAGGUCCCCAGGAUGGCAGCCUAAAUGAAGAUGAGCGCCUUCUUCCCAAAGACAAAAAGACCAAUUUGUUCAGUGCCUUGAUCAAGAAGAAGAAAAAAACCGCCCCAACCCCCCCGAAACGCAGCAGCUCCUUCCGGGAGAUGGAUGGCCAGCCCGAGCGCAAGGCGGCCAGUGAGGAAGACGGCCGAGAAACCAGCAACGGGGCGCCGGCCCUCACGCCCUCGGACGCAGCCGAGCCAACCAAGUCCCCAAAGCCCAGCAGCGGAGCUGGUGUCCCCAAUGGAGCCUUCCGGGAGUCAGGGGGUGCAGGCUUCCGGUCUCCCCACCUGUGGAAAAAGUCCAGUACACUGACCAGCAGCCGCCUGGCCGCCAGUGAGGAGGAGAGUGGCAGCAGCUCCGGCAAGCGCUUCCUAAGGUCCUGCUCUGCCUCCUGCGUGCCUCACGGGGCCAGGGACACAGAGUGGAGGUCCGUCACCCUGCCUCGGGACCUGCAGUCCACGGGGAGGCAGUUUGACUCGUCCACGUUUGGAGGGCACAAAAGCGAGAAGCCAGCUCUGCCUCGGAAGCGGGCAAGUGAGAACAGGUCCGACCAGGUGACCAGAGGCACGGUGACUCCCCCACCCAGGCUGGUGAAAAAGACCGAGGAUGCAGCAGACGAGGUCUUCCGAGAUGCGGGGGAGUCCAGCCCCGGCUCCAGCCCUCCCAGUCUGACUCCGAAACUCCUCCGCAGGCAGGUCGCGGGGGCUCCUUCCUCUGGCCUUCCCCACAAGGAUGAGGCCGGGAAGUCCAGUGCCUUGGGGACACCUGCUGCAGCUGAGCCGGUGCCCCCCGCCAGCAGAGCAGGGCCAGGCGUGUCCGGAGGGACCGGCAAGGCCCCCACCGAGGAGCCCAGAGCGAGGAGGCACAAGCCCUCCUCUGAGUCCCCAGGGAGAGACAAGGGGAAACUGUCCAAGCUCAAACCUGUCCCGCCGCCCCCACCACCAGCCUCUGGUGGGAAGGCCGGGAAGCCCUCUCAGAGCCUGAGCCAGGAAGCAGCUGGGGAGGCCGGCACUGGCGGGAAAGCCAAAGCCACGGCCGUGGUUGUGGAUGCUGUGAACAGUGACACCAUCAAGCCCGGUCCGCUGGGAGAGGGCGUCAAAAAGCCCGUGCUCCCGUCCAUGCCAAAGCCACAGUCGUCCAGCAAGCCAGCGGGGACCCCAGCCAGCCCAGCUCCCGCCCCCUCCACCUUGCCAUCAGCAUCCUCUGCCCUGGCUGGGGACCAGCCAGCCUCCACCGCCUUCAUCCCUCUCAUAUCGACCCGUGUAUCUCUUCGGAAAACCCGCCAGCCUCCAGAGCGGAUCGCCAGUGGCACCAUCACCAAGGGCGUGGUCCUGGAUGGCACGGAGGCUCUGUGCCUGGCCAUCUCCAAGAACUCCGAGCAGAUGGCCAGCCAUAGUGCCGUGCUAGAGGCCGGCAAGAACCUCUACACGUUCUGCGUGAGCUAUGUGGAUUCCAUCCAGCAAAUGAGGAACAAGUUUGCCUUCCGCGAGGCCAUCAACAAACUGGAGAAUAAUCUCCGGGAGCUUCAGAUCUGCCCGGCAACAGCAGGGAGUGGCCCGGCGGCCACUCAGGACUUCAGCAAACUCCUCAGCUCCGUGAAAGAGAUCAGUGAUAUCGUGCAGAGGUAGCAGAGGCCAGGCGUCAGGCCAGCCGGAGCCAGCUGCCGCGCGUGAGGGCUUCCACAGGCCUGCCACGGUGGCUGCCACGAGACCAGUGAGGUGGCCCGGGGGCCCUGUGCAGACGGGGCUGAGGGUCACUGCGGAGCACGGCUCUACUACCUAGGCUUUGCCCCGGCCAUGCUUCCGCACUUUCGCCUCCCCAGCCCGGGCUCCCUGAGCCGCCCCUGUUCCGAGCUCUGUCUGUGGAGUUCCCGCUCUGUGGACUUCCGUUGGCCCACCAGCCUCUUCCCCACAUAGUGCUCCAGGACUGAGCUCUGUGGGCCAGGUGGGAAAGCGGAUGAGCAUUUCUUUUUCGCUUUUCUUUCCAGAGGCCCUCCUCUGGCUCUGCCUUCUCCUCUAUUUCCCUCAAGGACGAGUGCCCUGAACAGGAGCCUUUUCACCAAGGCCAAGCAACUGUCCCCUCCACUUACCCCAGGGAGGGAGCCUGUGCGCUCCUCUUCUUGUGCCUCCUGCACUGAAGACACGUUUCCCGAACUCCAUCCUGGAAGAGGCUGCCAGCUGGUCACUCUGCCCUCUGUUGCUGCCGGGGGGCCGGUGCCCUCACAUUUACUCAUGUGACGGACAGCUCUUGAUUUGGGGGAUAAAACAGGGUGCUGAGACCAACCGGCCUUCGGGUCCUGGGACAGGUGGGGAAGCCGAAGAGGCCCGUGGUGUGGGAGACCGUCCUUGUCAUCCGUUCUCUCGGGUCCUUGCUGUCCUGUGACAGGCACUGCUCAUCCUGGAUGGAAAGCUUGAGUCCUAAGGGUAGCAGGGUCUCAGUCUAGUGUACCGGGGCAGGGGAGGCAGGAGGGAUGGCUAGCUGGAUGAACAGCUGGUGCCCAGGUGGCCUGGGGCUGGGCCUAGACAGGUCUGCUUCAGGCCCAGGUCACCUUCCUUUCAGAUUUCCAGGUGCCCAGAAAAGGCACUUGCUCUUGAUUUCUGACUGAUCUCUUUCUCCUCCCUUGUACUCCUCUGAGACAGAGUAGAUUCAUGCAGAGCUCUUUCCUGUGUGACAAGCCAGUCCUGUUUUCUGGAGUUCUUGAAGCAUUCCGUGGCUCUGCCCUCAGCCCAGCCACCUCUGGUACAGCAGGACCUGCCAUCGGCCACCAGUACACGGGAGGAAAAGGACUGUGGAGCCAAAGCCCCAGCCAGUGUUGGCUGUGCACUAAGGGGCAAAAGUCCUGUUGAAUCACCAUGAGCAACACUUAGUCCCCUGUUUCUGUUGGGGUUAUCAGAGAUGAAGAAGACCACAAACAAAUAAAGCCCCAGAACAUGUCUCAAAGAGCAGGCCUUUGUCUACUCUCCCCAGGAGGCCCGGGACCAGGCUUGUGGGGCAGAGGCCCGGACCGUCUUGAGCUUGACCUAGAGCAGCUACUGAAGAGUGGGCAGGCACGUGCCUGCGCCUCAUGCCAGGCCCAGGAGCAACCCUUGGAGAAACCAGGAGCAACCACCUUCCAGCCCCAUGCCUUCUCGUGCCAUGAGCGCACAUGGGCCCCAUUUUUAUGCUCCUCACCUAAACUUGUAUUUUAUUUCUCUGAUAGAGAUGGUUUACGCUGCCCUCACGGUGCAUCACCUCUUUGCCCCAUCCCCCCCCCAGGCUGCUGUGUUAGGCAGACUGAGGGAGGUGCCCGAACACCACCAGAGGCCUUGCAGACAAAGUAAAACAGACCCCACCCAGCUUCUCAACUGCGUUUCCGUGAGGUACUGGUCUCUUUGUUCACAUGAUGUGCCACUAUAUUUUGCAUUUAUAUCUUGGUAUUACACUCUUUUAUAGACUUGCUCUUUUAUAAAUGACAUGUAAAUAGUUUUCCACUAUUCUCCCUUCUCAAAUGCCUAUGGUGUCUUUUUUUUUUUUUUUUUUGGUCCAGUACAUUUUGUUUCUGUAUAUGACUCUGUGUUUUUUGAAUCCACAUCUCUCCGUAGUAUUUUUUAAAUAAAUGUUUACAACAUUAGAACUCGG